AUGAAAAGUGGCUUGCCCAUGUACUUUUUGAGUCCAAGGAAAACUAAUCUGGAUGACUUUAUGGAGCUUCGUGGGGAUGUGCUUGUCAUUGCAAUGUGCUACUUUUUCCACUUGUUGAGCAGCAGAAGUGUAUAUCUUGUUUUCUUUCAGGCCAAAGCGGAAGCGGAGAAGGCGGCUCGGGACAGAGAGCUGCAGUUACGUGAGGAAGAAGAACUUCAGUUGGCUUUGGCUCUCAGUGCUAGUGAAGCGGAGUCCAAACAAAAGUCUGUAAGUCGCAUUAUCUCUCUCUCUCAGUUACUUCUGUUUGGAAUUAAUGAUUGUCUACUAAAACUGGAGGUGACUGGAGGCCCAGUUUUCGCCAUUAAAGACUAA